GAGAUCAAUGAUUUGGAAUUUGCCAAGUAAACACAAGAGUAUCCUCCCCUUUGAGAGGGAAAAAAAGUCCAUCAUUAACUAAGAGAGCAACCCAUUUUGUGAAAAAAAGAUGGGGAGUAUUCUGGGCAAGUCUAUGGAGGAGAACUUUAAAAAGCAGCAAGAGUUUAUGCUAAUGACAGGUCAAAUGCAGCUGGAGCGACAAAUUCAAAUGCAAAAUGCUAUGAGAGAGAGACAGAUGGCCAUGCAGAUUGCCAGAGGUCGUGACCUUUUUCUUUGGUGGGGGUCUUUCUACACUGUCGCAUCUACUGCAAUGGUAGUUGGUUUUAUGAAGAAGCGGAAUCCAGCUGUUUUAGCACCUCUUCUUCCCCUGACUUUCAUUGUAGGAUACAUGUAUGACAUGGGCUAUGGAAGCAAACUUGAGAGAAUGAAAGAUGAAGCUGACCGAAUCAUGGAUAAUGAAAAAACCUUGUUAGUCCUGCCCCAUGGUUUGCCAACAUUCAGUGACAUAGAAAAGGCCCGUCUAGCAGAAAAGGAUGCGCAGAUUCUUCAAAAGGGUCAUGAUAUUUUUCUUUAGAUAUGGAUCUGGCUUCUGAAUUUGUGUGGAGAAAGUUUUUUUUAUAUUAUUCACAAGGUAGCCUUUGUGGAAUGAAAAUGAAAAUUCCUUUAAGGAACUUAAAAAUAUUCCAUUAGUAUAAAAUAAAAUUUAUAAUGUUACAUAAGAUAAUGUACCUUUUAUGUACAUGCCAGCCAUGACUUGAAAAAAAAAUGAUGUAAUUUUCCCUGCUUGGAUUUCAAUUUUGUGUCUAUGGAUUAGUAGCCGAGUAUAAUUUAUAUCCAAAACCAUCAGUGCAGUGUGCUUUUUGGCUAAUGUUCUAUUUAGUUUCAGUAUGCUAGCCAGGCACAAAAAGAGAAUUUUUUUUAAUGGUAAUAGCUGUGUAUUUUAUCAACCUUAAACUCUAAAAAAGGGAAUGGUAAUAAAAAAUGUACAUUUCAUCAUGGCAUGCAUUUGGUUGGGGGAAGGGAUUGGAGUUUUACAUAGAGCCAGUGACUAAGGCUACAUCAUAACAAAGAAGCCAGUCUGGUUAACAGAUUUCAUCGUGAAGUCAAAUUGUUAUUAUAAUAAUCAAAUUGUUUGUGAUAAUUUUUUUAACAAAUGGGAUUCAUAUAUAAUACUUAAUUAGAUUAUAUGUAUGUGUGUGUUUUCAGAUAGAGGCAUAAUUUAUUGAGACGAAACUGUGCCUUAGUUGAAUUUUAGUGAAUCAGGUAUUAUUGUCUGUGAUUGUAUUUCUGAAGGGAACAUUUGGUAUACUAGCCCUGACAGAAUUUAAUUUAGUUUUGCUGCUGGAGCAGUCUUUUUGAUAUCAUGCAUUGUUAUAGGAUCUAUUAUGUUAGCUUUAUCUACCCAUUUUUCAUCCACUUAUCUAUGAGUUUUCUCUUAGAAUAAUAUACAUAUGUUAGUAUAUCAAUGUUUAAUUUACACAUCACUUUUGUGGUGGUGUACAUUUUGUGCCACUGAAUCUGUAGCUGUGGGUCUGUGGUAUUUGGUGAAAACGCAUAAUUUCAUAACAUAAGGCUAUCAUAAAAAAGCAAAAUAUUAUUUUAUUCCUGGUUUAAAUGGCUAUAUUUUAAUGAUCUGAGUUUGUUGUCUCAAUCAGUUAAUAUAUUUGUUAAUAAUCAUUAGGUUGUAAAAAGAAUUAUUGGUGGUUGUAUAAAUUGUAUCAAUAGUCUAAUGACAGUAAAAUUUAUCUUUAUUUGCA